AUGGCAUCCACCAUCGUCCUGAUCACCGGCGCCAACCGUGGCAUCGGUAAGGGAAUCCUAGAGCUGUACCUGAAAAAGCCCAACCACACUGUUAUUGCAGCCACUCGUGACCCGAGCCACUCCACCUCUCAAGGGCUGGCAGAACUACCCAAGGCCGAGGGCACAAGUCUAGUUAUUGUCAAGAUUGAUGCUCUGUCCCCUAACGAUCCUGCUGCUGCCGUAAAAGAACUGGCUUCCAAGGGCAUCGGCCACAUCGACAUUCUUGUCGCGAAUGCUGGUAUUGCUCUUUCCUGGCCCAAAGUGAUCGAAGUCAAGGUCGAAGAUAUCCAAAAGCACGUCGAUGUUAACAUCUAUGGUUUCAUCUAUCUGUACCAGGCCUUCCGUGCUGUUCUGAAGAAGGCCAAGGCUCCCAAGUGGGUCACCAUCGGGUCCAGCUCUGCAUUCCUCACGGUGAGCAUCCAUGUGAACUAUCCUGAACAAACCUCAAUACUAACAAUGUCCAUAGUAAGUUCCAAACACUACACCCCCUAUGGAUGCGAGAUGAGUGGCAAGUUACCAACCGUUGAAAUUGGUAUACUGACCAUCUUUAGUAACUUCCUUCACAUGCAAAACGCUGCCUAUGCUCCCACGAAGGGGGCUCAGCACUGGUAUACUAAGGCUAUCUCCGUCGAGGACCCCUGGCUGAACGCUUUCCCUGUUGACCCUGGUUGGGUUCAGACCGACCUCGGUAACCGGGGUGCCGACGCGUUCGGGUUCAAGGAGGCUGCUAUUUCCGUAGCAGACAGUGCUGCCGGCGUUGUUGGCGUGAUUGACGCUUCCAAUCUCGAAAGUCACAGUGGGAAGCUGUGGAAAUUCGACGGGAAACCAGGAGCCCUGAACCUUGAAGCUUGA